UAGCAAAUAGAUAGAACCGGGUAAUGUUCACCCAACACGCCUUCCUAAAGGCCCUGAACUUUAAACGUUUUGUAUUGACUAACUAUACCUAAAGAGAGGUCUCAGAGCACUGAGCAGACACACACCAUAAUGGCACUUUCUGUUUGGACAAUAUGGAUUUUCAUCUUUGCUAUUAUCCUGCAAAAAUCAGUACAGGAAGUGUUUCUUUCAACACAUAACGCAAAUGCAGUGCUUGGGAGACAGAAGCGAGCUAAUCUUAUACAUUUAGAAGAGCUGUUUUAUGGUAAUUUGGAAAGAGAGUGCUUAGAAGAAAGGUGUACCUAUGAAGAAGCAAGAGAAGCCUUGGAAAAUAAAGACAACACAGACAGAUUUUGGAUUGGCUACUUGGGUGGCAGACAAUGUACCAGAAAACCAUGUCAAAACCAUGGAGAAUGCAAGGAUACUAUUCGCAGUUAUACCUGCACCUGUCCCUCAGAUUUUGAUGGCAUAAACUGUGAAUACCGUAAAAAUGACUGCCACCCACACAUGACCGAGGGUUGCCAACAUUUCUGUAUUCCCGGGGAGAAGACAUACACAUGCUCUUGUGCGCAAGGUUAUGAACUUGGUCAGGAUCGUAAAUCAUGUUCUGCAAAAGACCCCUUCGCUUGUGGGAAGAUUCAAGUUUCUGUGGCAAAAUCGAAAAAGACAAGCAUAUGUAAAUAUUAUAGCUCCAGAGGAGAAUUCCCUUGGCAGGUCCUGUUAAUAAACAGUAGUAACCAAAUAUUCUGCAGUGGUGCAAUCCUUAGCAACAAUUAUGUGCUAACCUCAGCUUGGUGUAUGAACCAGUUUGAUUCUGUCAGAGUUGUUACAGGAAAACUUCAGACACAGGAUGAUAAGGAGGAUGUACAAGUUCAUGAUAUAAAAAAAGCAACCAUCCAUUCACGGUAUUCUGAGGAGGACUACGAAAAUGAUAUUGCACUGCUGAAGCUGACAAACUCGAUCCAGUUCAAGAAAUAUGUCCUCCCCAUUUGUCUAGCUGAGAAGGAUUUUGCAGAACAGAUUUUAAUACCACAGGGUAUAAGUAUAGUCAGCGGCUGGAAGACUGAUGAAGAUGAAGCUCAAGACACACAGCUGAAAUUUCAGCUUCCCUUUCGAAGCCCCGAUGAGUGCGAAACAGUACAUAAUAUCACCCUUACAAAUCGGAUGCUCUGCACAAUGUCCCACCCACUUGUAAGGUGUCAGUUCACAAAUGGAAGCCCACUGGUAACAGAACAUGAGGGGACUUGGUUUCUGACAGGCAUUCUCAGCUUCUUAUCAGAAGAGCAUAACUGCUCUGAAGGAUUUGUCUUCACCAAAAUAUCCAGGUACAUCACCUGGAUUAAGCAACUGAUGCAUUCCAUGCAACAUUAGGAAAAGACAGAAAUGUGCAAAAACUUGCCAUAAACCUUAAGAAAGAUGCUUGAGAAUGUGCAUUAUUAUGAGUUAGAGCUAGCUAUUGAGUUUGACCAAAAUAAUAUGUUUAUGUAAAGUCAAUUUUCUGUCAGAUCUUAUAUUGACUUGCUGAUCUUACAGUGUACCCACAUUUGAUAUUCCCCCUGUGAGCUUCAGAUUGUUCCAGGAUGUCACUUUCAUAGCUACUUAUUAAUGCACUGCAUACAUAUAUAAACAUACAAACAUAAAUACACAUACAGGAUCAAGACAUAAAACAGAGAAAUGACAGUGUCUUAACUUUACUAAUAUAGCUUCAAAUUUUCAUUUUCCUGCAACAGUGAUUGUUCUCAAAGAAGUUGUACUGAGACUACUCAUAAAGCUAUUUCCUAGCAAGAACAUGCAGAAUUUUAUUGUAAAAAUAUCUCUUACCCUUCAGUUGUCAGUACACAUUUAUACAAAUAUUGCAUGGAACUAUGUGAGCUGGACAACACAAUCAUACCACUGCAACUUCUACUGAAAAUUUUAAUGGUCAAAAGAAUACAUUUCAUUAAAAACUCAUAUUCAAUCCACUCACAUCCCCAUUCCUUUAAGUAGCUUGUUUCAAGGUUACACCAGCAAAAAAGAGGGUGACCUUAACUGGCAUCAGAUAACUUAUUCUAGUCAACUAAAGUUUUGUUGAGUGGUUGGGUGUUCGCUGCUACAGAUAAUACCUACUGGACUAGUAGCUAACUAUCCAAAGAUGCAACAGUGUAGCUCAGAAUAAUUAGAGAAUUAAAGAUAAAAUCAGAAGUGUUUUAUUACUGAGCUGAGUUUCACUAAACGAUGCUCUGAUAAUCACUACACAAAUUUCUGGAGAUCAAGUCAUUUUCCACAUUUAUUUUAUUUUAUUAUUUAACAGGGGUAAAGCACUGAUUUGACUGGGCCAUUUUGUUUGGUUUGUAUCAUAAUAACUCUUACCUACCUACCUAAGUUUAGAGGUAAACAGUGGUUCUCUUAAGACAUAUUUAAUAGAUCACUGCAAACUCCUGUUUCAGUACAUAUAUACAUUAUAUGAAAUUUCAGUAGAAAGUUUUAAGAUGUCUCCUGCAAGUACAGCAUUAGGUGAUUAUAAGAACAUGACUAUAAAUUGUAUGAAUAUGCCAACAAUUACACAUCUGAAAGGCUGUAGUGCUUUACAGAACAUUUUAUUUUUACUUAAACACUGGAAAAUAACAAUAUGAAAUUUUAAUAUCUACAAUGGGAAUGCAUUAUGAAAUUUUAAAUGCAUACUGGUUAAAUGUGACCUAAAGUAAAUACUGUUAAUUUUAAGAAGACUGUAAAAUUGUAAUUAAACUAGUUAUGAAUGAACUAAGUAUGACUGUGUAAAAAAUAAGGAGUAAUUACUGAACUAACAAA